ACCAAAACAAAUGACCGAUGUGGACAGACGCCUGUGCUCGCUCCGCAGCUGUAAAUAUGUUUUUUCGACGAAUAUUGUUCGAAUUCUGCAAAGUGAAGAGAUGAAUAAGUUCACACUCUUUCUGGUGUUCUUGUGCGGGGCAAUUUUCGCGGGUUUGGUGUCUCUGAUGCACAGUUCAUGGCGGUUCUACGCGUCCUCCGAGCUGGCGAUGAUGUCCUCCCUCGGGGCCAUUCCAGCGGGCUCGGACUUGGAGCUGAUGGACGAUGGGUACGUGGCCAUGGCCCUCCUCGGGGCGCACGACGAGGACCAGGCCGUCUCCAAGAAGCAGACGACGGAGCUGGAAGACAGGCAUGCUGAGAUAGAGGCAUUAAAUACAUUAAAAGCAGCACAAGAAUUGGUACACUCAGGAAAGAGCGUUAGAGCUGGUAGGCUUUUGGAGCAUGCCUUUUCUUUGGCACCAAGGCACCCAGAUGUUCUCAUACAUUAUGGAGAAUAUUUGGAGCAUCACCGUAAUGACAUAGUGCAAGCAGAUAAGCUAUACUUAAGGGCCUUGGCUGUGUCUCCUGCUAAUUCAAGGGCAUUAAGAAAUCGACGGAGAACUAGACCCAUCGUUGAUGAUAUGGAUGCAGGGAUUUUUAGUCGUAUUGAUGGCAAAAGAGAUGAUUUAGCACUAAUCCCGAGUUCCUCAGCUUCCCUGAGACGCAUUAAAAAGGAAGCCUACUUCCAGUACAUUUACCACACAGCAGGCAUUGAGGGAAACACCAUGACCUUGGCACAGACUCGGAUGAUCUUGGAGACUAGACUCAGUGUUGGAGGGAAGAGUGUGAUGGAACAUAAUGAGAUCUUGGGCCUGGACCUUGCUCUCAAGUAUAUCAACAUGACCCUGGUGCACAGAGUUGGCCGCAUAACUCUGCACGACAUUCUGGAAAUUCACCGAAGGGUUUUAGGUCAUGUUGAUCCCAUUCAAGCUGGCCAGUUAAGAACAACUCAGGUUUAUGUAAGUGAUCAUGUUCCACCUCCACCAACACACUUGCAAGUUCUUAUGGAAGAUUUUGUGCAGUGGCUGAACUCACCAGAAGCUCAGAGACUCCAUCCAAUCAAAUAUUCAGCUCUUGCCCACUACAAGCUAGUGUUUAUACACCCAUUUGCUGAUGGAAAUGGAAGAACAGCAAGAUUAUUAAUGAAUUUUCUGUUAAUGCAGGCUGGCUACCCACCUGUAAUAAUCCGUAAACAAGACAGGCUCAUGUAUUAUGACUGCCUACAAACAGCUAAUGAAGGUGACACUCGGCCAUUCAUCAGAUUCAUUGCACACUGCACUGAGAAGACAUUAGAUGUGUAUUUGUGGGCCACAAAGGAGGCCUUACCCAAAAUAGGCCAGGAAAAUGAAAGCAAAGGUGGAGUGAAUAAGUUGAAAAAAGACCACCAGGAAAAAGAUUAUGAAAUGGCUGAUAUGAAGCCUAAUGUUGACAGUGAGGAAGUCAAAAAGUUUUCCUUUGAAUCUGUUGAUGACAUUCCACCAUGGCAAGUGGAAGAAGAGGAGUAUAAGGAGAAAGAACUGUUCAGUGGAGGUCAGAGUUAUAUACCCACAAACAUUGAAGAUGACAUACUUAAGGAAGGUUCUAGUCAUAGGUCAGAAAGUAGUGUUGAUCAUGAGCAUGGUUUUAAGUUAUGGUUUGCUAGUGACGAAGAUCACGGAACAGUAAGUGGAACAAGGAGAUAUGGAAGGGUGCUAAAUGAACAAUAUUUGUUUGAAGAAGUUACAAUAGAAGAUAAACUAAAGGAUAAAAGGGACCUUGAAGAUGACGAGAACACUAUAGCACGUGGUCUUUAGUAAAAAUAUAUUUUUAAUUUUCUAAGUAUAUAUUGAAUUAUUAGGAUUUUAGAUGUACUGGAAAUUGUACAUCCAUACUUGCACAGCAUACAUGUAUAAAGUGACAAUAAUAUAUAUAUUUAUUUAUUUUAAAGAAAUCUUUACAAUAUUGUUGAUAGUACUAUACCCUAACACAUAAACCGUAGCAGGUUUGAGUGCACAAUUUAGAAUAAGUGUCAUAUUUGUUGAACUAUUAAUGUUUUUAUGUUGAGGUUGUAUAUAUUAUACAACAGUAUUUAUAUUUUUGAGCAUUCAUGAGGGAUCUAUUUAUUAAAAUGCUGCCCUGUUAACUCCCACUUAAGAAAAAUAAAUGUUGAUAUUAGUAUAAUAGAGAUUUUUUUGUAUAAUAUAUAUAAAUAUCAUACUAGUGCUCAAGAAUCAUAUGAAAGUAAUGACAGAAAUGCUUAUGCAGUAUUUUACCCCAAUACCCUUUCAAGAUUUGUGUAGUUUUAUCAUUUAUAUUUCCUUUUCUUUUUUGUAUAGCAAUAUAUUUUUGGAGAGAUUAUUUACAUUUUUAAGUGUGAGACAUGCCUGAAAUUUAAUUUUACUGUUUUCUUAUAAAUUAAUAUAUAUUUAUUAUAGAUUGUAUCUUUUCUCUACUAUUUAGAGGAAUUUAGCAGGUCUCCAUGGUUAAAAGUUAUUCACUAGAUACCGGUGCAUGUGUUUUUUGCUUUAGUUGGGCAUUCAUUUCCUUAUCAUUUUUGGUGAUAUUGAUCAGCAUUUGCCAUGGCUGAUUGCAUAAGGCUACAGGAAAUUGUUAUCUGUUUAAUCAGUUUUUCUGUUCUAGUUCAAAAAGAGAAAGAAAAAUAAAUAGAUAAAAAAAGUAAGAAGUCUGAUAUGCCAGAUUUGUUAUUCCAAAAUGCUGUUGCUCCUUAUCUACACCUGAGACUCUCUGCUUUGGCUUAGAUAUUAGUAAUUUGAGCAAAAUAUUCUUUCAUAACUGCCUACUUUUUAUUGCAGAUGAAUGAUUAUAUUCAUGAUAAUCUAAAAACCUAGACUGCAUAUAUUCUUGCAAAUCUUAGCACUUUGCAUCAAAACUAAUAUACUAGCCCAAAUUUAUUAUUACAUUGCAUGAAACUUGUCUUCAAAUAAUUUCUUGAUAAAGAUGGAUUUCUUAACCUGAAGAAAGAAGUGAUGUUAAUAAUGAGAUAAACUCAUUUAUUAGUAUGGCAUGAUGACAUUUGUCUGGCUUGUUCUUGUGUUCAUAUUUGACAUUAUUAUUCUUACAUGUCUGACACAUGAAUACUGAAUGAUACCAAGAUUUAAUAUAUUAACCAUUCACGUUAUAUUUUGUAGGUCUGCAGUUAAUUUAAGAAUACCAGAAGUUAGGGUUGUUUCUGUAAGAGUAACAAAUGAGGCUUGAUUUGACCAUAAAUAUACCAGGCUUGGAUCUAGUAACAGUGGUACCUGGGCACCUAAAUGUGGUUCUUAGAGAUCACACUCUUUGUGUGUGUUUACAGAUAAGAUGGCUCAGUUUGUGGCAUUUUACCUCUUGCCAGCUUUUACCAACAGGCAUGGUCAUUUGGAUGGUUUGCCUCUGGUUUCUCACUUUUGCAGCCUUUACCUGUCUUACUGUGAUUUAGCAGGUUUGUCUGUGUGUGGGUACUGCUCCUUGUGUGGAUGGGGCCAUAGAUAGAAUGAACUUGCUAUUAAUUAUUUAAAAUGUGUAAUUUGGAAACAAAACUCAAAAAGCUCUUUUAUACUAGUAGAUACUCAAAUAAUUUAUUUUCUUAUAUGUAAUGAAUAAAAAAGGCAUUAAAGAUGUAUAUGUCAUGUAAAGGAGAUUCUUCCCUAUUUAUUAAAACCAAAGACUAGGCAGGAGUUUAAGUAUAAUAUUUUAUGAAUAGUAUAAUACACAAACAUGUAUUGAAAACUGGUUUAUUUUUUUUGCCUAAGGGUUUCAUGAUGGAAUUGAUGUUAUUUAAUCCAGUCAUGACAGGACUCUAGUAUUAUACUGAACAAUACUUCAGGGUGCAUGCUGAGUCAGCUGCCCAAGAGUAAAAAGCAGAAGCAUGGUGAACAUAAAAUUAGUCUGCUCUGUGUUCUUGGCUGUGACAAACAAUGUUUUAGGUAAUGAGACUUAAAAAGUCUAAAAGGGGUUAAAUGUCAUAACAUGUUGUAUGUAUAGAAAUGUGCAUAUGUUGAACAUUUAGGAAUAAUGAUAUUGGUAUUUGUACUGUUAUCAUUAUUAUAUAAAUAGUAACUAAAAAUAACAACAAUAAUGAUAAUGAUAAAAGUUUUAAUGAAGGUUGGCUUGUUAUGGUAAUGAACACAAAAGUUUUUUACAUGACAAUUUUUUAUAUUCGGUUUUCAUUAAUGGAUAUUACUUGGGGAAAUUAAAAGAAAAGUAAUAAGAAAAAGACAUUUCUUUAUUGCAAAUACUAUAUAUAUAUAUAAAACUCAUUCUUGCUUGGAAUGUCUUUUCUCUAAAAAGAAACACAAACAAAAAUAAGUUGUGUUUCCCCUACCACUGGCAGGUUCUCCUCCAAAACAGAAGUGUAGAGUAACCUGAAUCUUUUGCAAAGUUAACCUGAAACAUACCUUGAAGAAUAAAUUAAUUCCAUAUUUGGAUAUUUUGUAGAUGACAUAACAUUUGGUGUCUCCAUUGCAGUUAACAGGUUCUAUCUUAAAUAUUUGCAAUAAAAGUGUCUGUUAUUUACAAUGCAUGUAUACUGAUUCAAGAAAAUUAAAUAGUAUGGAUAUUUUUUUUUUCUGUGCAUCAUGAUCAGAUAAUACAUUAGCAACACAAAUAAUUAAGUUAUUCUCUCUAACAAUAAAAUCCAAUAAUACAUUAAAAUCACGAAAUAAUUGUACUCUUAUACAUACAUUCAUUCAUUCAAAGUACAAUCAUUUUCCUUGGUAGGCAGAUUAAAAAUAAAAAUUGUAGUGUAAAACAUUGCAUUAAAAAAAUAUACUAAAGCUUUUUUGUUCAAAGGUUAUAUUAUUAGCCAGUACUAAACACCAGUACUGAAUACUGACUGCUAUACAAAAUAUGUGAUGGACACAUUUGAAAUGUUAAUUGAAGACCAAUGAACUAUCAAGAAGUAGGUUUUUUUUCUUUUAUUCUUACUCCACUUCCAUUUUACCUUCUAAUUUGCUUUUCUGACCUUUAUCAUCCCUAGCAGCAAGGCACUUUCGGAUCUCUAGUCCAAUUGCACGUGCCAUAGGUGGAGGAACAGCAUUUCCAACCUGAGGAAUGGCAUUGCUUUCAAAUAAAGUAAUAGAGGGAUUGACUUAUGCAGUAAUGUAAAUCUAAAAUAUAACAAGACUUCACUAUUGUAAGAUUUUUGUGUUCAUUAGUUACUGUAGGAGAGCAGUUUAAAAACCUUAUUUGACCUAUAUUCUCAUAUGGUUUGUACACAUACCUGAAAGCAAAAUACAAUAAUAAUGCAUA